AAAAGUCCUUCAUUAAAUAUUUCAUUGGAAAGUAAUUCUAGCGUAGAUAAUGAGAAUGUCACAGCAAUUAAGAAACCUAAAAAAAAGAAAAAGCACAAUAAAAAUUUAAAUUCGAUAGAAUUAAGUACAAAUAAUGAUAUGGAAAUUAUAUCAUUUGAAAAUACUUGUGAAAAAGACAAAGAAAAAGAAAUUGAUUCUUAUUUUUCAAAAAAUAUAAGCCAAAAAAGAAAGUAUGAAAUAAGUGCUAUGGCAGAUAUUGAGAAUAUUCCAACAAAAAAACCUAAAAAAAAGAAAAAGCCCGAUAAAUGCUUAAAUACCAUUUAUGACACAGGAGAUAUAAUAUUUGAAGAAUUAAGUGAACAAAAUAUUAAUGAUUUUGAGUCUGAAGAAAAUUUAAACCAAGUAAUUAAAUCUGAAAUAAAUACUUCAUCAGAUAUUUCAUUGGGAAAAAAUUGUAGUGUGGAUAAUGAGAAUGUUCAAACUAAAACACCCAAAAAGAAGAAAAAAUACAACAAAAGUUUAAAUUCAUUAGAAUUUAGUAGCAAUAAUAAUAUAGAAGAAAUCAAUACAAUCAAAAGAACAAACCUGAAUUCUAAUGAAAAUAUUUUAAUUAGUGAUAAUAAUUAUGGCAAGCCAAUGAAUGAAAAUAAUAUGCCAGUGGUUUCAGAAAAUUUUAAUACUUCAUCUGUUCUUAAAAUUUCUCAAAAUCAAUGUAAAUUUAAGACUUUGCUAAAUUCCAUGGAGACCCAUGAUUUUGAAGACCAGUCUACUAAAAUUGAAACCAAAUUUAAUUUAAUGAAAUAUCUAAAAAACAAAAAUCCUUCAUUAAGAGAUCAUCCUAAAUUUAAACAAAUAAAAGAAACAUUGUCUAAAAAACUCAAGAAAAUUAUUAAUAAAAACUAUGAAAUCACAGGGUCUGACAUUGUAUUGCUAAAAACAGUAGGAAGCAUUAUUUUGGAAAAAAUUGUUGAAAAAAUUGAUUCUGCACAGGGUCUGAAUGGUUUAAUAAUUACAUUACCACCUGAAUGUAAAAACAAUAAAAUUCAUUUUAUUGAAACUUCUUUAAGUAGACCUCCGAAUAAAGAAAAAAUUAAUAUUAUAAAAAAACUCAAUCCUCAGGUAAAAAUAAGAGUAUUUAAUGCAGAUGAAGAUGAUAUGAUUCGUAAAUAUUGGUCAAAAUUUCAAAAGGAAUACAACAUUUCAAAUGUUCUACCAUUCUUAGCUGUUGAUGGGUUUGAAAUGGCUUUAAAUAAUAUACAAAGGUUCCAAUUUUUUCGUUAUAUAUCGGCAGGACUUCCUAAUCGAUUAUUAAAUUCAGUUUGUAAUAGAUUUAAUAAUCUGUACAUCAAACGUCGAGAUAAAACAUGUUUUAGUGAAGAAGAAGAUCAAUUAAUUAUGAAAGUAGAAGAAUGUCGUGCAAUUCAAAACAAAUUUUGUGUAUUAAGUUUAAUUCUAAAUAGAUCUAAAUUACAACUUUAUAGAAGACAUGAUGUUUUAAAAAAUCAAUAUAAAAAAUGUAAUAAAAUUAUUUGGGAUGAUGAAAAGCGUCAAGAACUAUUUACAAAUAUUCUAAUAGAAACAAAUACAGAUAACUGGAGAGACUUAAAAAAUCUGACAUUAAAAAAAAAAACAUUAAUUAAAAUUGCAGAAAACCUUGGCAAAGAUGUAACUUAUUCAAAAGUUAGAUUUCAAUGGAACUGUUUAUAUACCAUGUUAUUUUGUGAAAAGCCUAUUAAAAUGUCAACACUAAGAUUAAAUAUAUUAGAGUUAUUACUGCAACAAAAUCAUAAGUAUUUUGCCGAUGUAAAUUGGAUAGAAAUAACCAAUCAAUUAUAUCCAGGUGCAAAUAGUAAUAUUAUUUUUAGACUUUUUCGUCAGUGGUUUAUUAGAAUAGUUCCAUCACAAUUAAAAAAUAAUAUUAAAGAUACUUUGUUUUACUUAAAAGUGCAUUAUGAAGAUAAAUUAAAAAAAGAAAUUCAAGAAAAUGACGAAAGAGAAUUUCCUAGGCUUACAGUUCAAGAUUACGACUUAUUAGUUCCUAAGGAAUAAAAAAUAUUUUUUUAAUUUAGA